GCAAAUUCCACCGUCAAAAUGGAAAUAUCCAGCGCAGCGCACGUUAGCGUAAAUGUCACCUGUCUGGCGCACGUUAGCCAGCAUCAGUGCUUCCAUUUUCUUUCUCGUCUUUUUCCCUCGCCUUAUCCUGCGCACCACUCUGUUCCCCUUUUUUCCUUUUAGGGUUACGCUUCUUCUUCUAUUCUUCUUCUUCUUCUUCUUCUUCUUCUUCAUGGUUCGUUCCAGAACUAGAGUUUCUUUCUUCGCAUCGUAGUCGCAGCGCAUGGAUCACAGACUGAAAAACAAGGACUCACUCUCUUACUCCACUCUCUUCAAUCUCGAGUCUUUGAUGAACUUUCAACUUCCAGAACAAGAUGAUGAUUUUGAUUAUUAUGGGAAUAGUAGUCAGGAUGAGAGCAGAGACAGCCAAGGUGGGGGGAUUGCAAAUCACAGUAAUGGGAAUGUGCAUGAAAGGGAGGUGAAUUUGUUGAAGAAGAGGAGGUGGUCUAUGAACAGUGACAACGAGGAGAAGAGUGGUUUUUACGGGGCACACAUGACGGAGGAGCGGUAUCGAUCGAUGCUGGGAGAGCAUAUUCAGAAAUACAAGAGGAGGUUUAAGGAUACCUUGAGCAUUCCUGCCCAAAAUCAGGCUGCUGGUUCACUUGUGAAAACCAGCACGGGGUCAAAAGCUCGCAAGUCUGGGAAUGAGCGCAGGGGAGGAUUACAUGCUGCGGAGAAUACAUUGGAAUGGAUGAAUGAUUCCAGUUCUCAGAAACCAGGAAAUUACCGCGAUGCAGAUUUCACACAGCAAUAUGGCACUGAUAGGAUUAUGUAUGAACCUGCAUCUUUGGAUAUUGGGGAUGGAAUCAUUUACCGGAUUCCUCCAAUCUAUGAUAAGUUGGCUGGAGCUCUGAACCUCCCAAGCUUCUCAGAUAUCCAUGUUGAGGAUUUUUACUUAAAGGGUACCUUGGAUUUGGGCUCCUUGGCUGAAAUGAUGGCAGCUGAUAAAAGAUUUGGGAACAGAAACCGAGCAGGCAUGGGGGAGGCAAUACCCCAAUAUGAAUCACUGCAGGCACGGCUGAGGGUCAUGUCAGCUUCUAAUUCUGCUCAUAAAUUUGGUCUGAAAGUAUCUGAUGCUGGUUUGAAUUCCUCCAUUCCAGAGGGGGCAGCAGGAAGCAUAAGACGAUCUAUUUUGUCUGAGGGUGGUGUAUUGCAGGUUUAUUAUGUGAAGGUUUUGGAGAAAGGUGACACCUAUGAGAUCAUUGAAAGAAGCCUACCUAAGAAGCAGAAAGUGAAGAAAGACCCUGCUCUGAUAGAGAAGGAGGAAAUGGAAAGAUGUGGAAAAAUUUGGGUAAAUAUUGUAAGAAGAGACAUACCAAAGCAUCAUAGGAACUUUACUACUUUUCAUCGAAAGCAGCUCAUCGAUGCGAAGAGGGUCUCAGAGACUUGUCAAAGAGAGGUUAGAAUGAAAGUUAGUAGAUCCCUUAAAUGGACAAGGACUGCUAGUAUGCGCACCCGGAAACUAGCUAGAGACAUGUUGCUGUUCUGGAAACGAAUAGAUAAGGAGAUGACAGAAGUGAGGAAGAGGGAGGAAAAAGAAGCUGCUGAAGCUUUGAGGCGUGAACAGGAACUUCGAGAGGCAAAGAGGCAGCAGCAAAGGCUUAAUUUUCUUAUACAACAAACUGAGCUGUACAGUCACUUUAUGCAGAACAAGUCAAAUUUACUAUCUUCAGAAACUUUACCCAAGGUGGAUGAGGAAACAAAUGAUCAAGAGGCGCUGAUUGACUCUUCAGAUGCUAGGCCCGACGAGGAGGAAGAUCCUGAAGAGGCUGAACUGAAGAUGGAAGCUUUGAAGGCUGCACAAGAAGCAGUUUCUAAGCAGAGAAGGCUGACAAGUGCUUUUGACACUGAAUGCUUGAGGCUGCGCCAAGCUGGUGAAACUGAUUCACUUCCACCAGAUGUUGCUGGAGCGAGUAAUAUUGAUUUGCAAACCCCCUCUACCAUGCCAGUUGCAUCCACGGUUCGGACACCUGAAUUAUUUAAAGGGGUUCUUAAAGAAUAUCAGCUGAAAGGUCUUCAGUGGCUAGUUAAUUGUUAUGAGCAGGGUUUAAAUGGUAUUCUAGCAGAUGAGAUGGGACUUGGAAAGACGAUUCAGGCUAUGGCUUUUUUGGCCCAUUUAGCUGAGGAAAAAAAUAUAUGGGGACCUUUUCUAGUUGUUGCACCUGCUUCUGUAUUAAAUAAUUGGAAUGAGGAACUUGAGCGCUUCUGCCCUGAACUGAAACGACUUCCAUACUGGGGUGGGCUUUCAGAGCGGACAGUACUUCGGAAAAGUAUUAACCCAAAGGAUCUUUAUCGUAGGGAAGCUAAAUUUCACAUUCUCAUCACAAGCUACCAGCUAUUAGUAUCCGAUGAGAAGUAUUUUCGUCGUGUGAAAUGGCAGUAUAUGGUUUUAGAUGAAGCCCAGGCAAUCAAAAGUGCAACCAGUAUAAGGUGGAAGACACUCCUCAGUUUUAAUUGUCGGAAUCGCCUACUGUUGACUGGUACACCCAUUCAGAAUAAUAUGGCCGAGUUAUGGGCUCUCCUUCACUUCAUCAUGCCAACUUUAUUUGACAGCCAUGAGCAGUUUAAUGAGUGGUUUUCUAAAGGAAUUGAGAACCAUGCAGAACAUGGGGGUACUUUGAAUGAGCACCAACUUAAUCGAUUGCAUUCAAUUCUAAAGCCUUUCAUGCUGCGGCGUGUUAAAAAGGAUGUGAUUUCUGAGCUGACUACAAAAACUGAGGUUACUGUGCAUUGUAAGCUGAGUUCUCGGCAGCAGGCUUUCUAUCAGGCAAUUAAGAACAAGAUAUCUCUUGCCGAGUUGUUUGAUAGUAAUCGUGGGCAGCUCAAUGAGAAGAGAAUUCUGAAUUUAAUGAACAUUGUUAUUCAACUAAGAAAGGUUUGCAACCAUCCAGAGUUGUUUGAAAGGAGUGAGGGAAGCACUUACCUUUACUUUGGAGACAUUCCGAAUUCCCUUCCACCUCCACCAUUUGGGGAGUUGGAGGAUGUAUAUUAUUCUGGUGGUCACAACCCCAUAUCAUAUGAGAUACCAAAACUUGUCUAUCAAGAAAUUAUGCAAAGUUCUGAAACUCCCAGUUCAGUUGUUGGUCGUGGUGUCUCCAGAGAAUCUUUUCAGAAAUGUUUUAAUAUUUUUAGACCAGAAAAUGUUUAUAGAUCUAUCUUUGCGGAAGAUAUGUACAUUAAAAGUGGACACUUUGGUUUUACCCAUUUGAUGGAUUUGUCUCCACACGAAGUGACAUUUCUGGCUACUGGUUCUUUUAUGGAGCGACUGUUAUUUUCUAUGAUAAGACAUGAACAAAAAUUCAUUGACGAAGCUGUAGACUUUCUAAUGGAGACUGUAGAUGAUGAUCCAGAAUGUGGUUACCUUGAGAAAGAUAAAGUGAGAACAGUUACACGAAUGUUAUUGGUGCCAUCGAGAUCUGAGACCCAGUUUCUUCUAAAAAGAUUGCCAGUUGGUCCCAGCCAUGCACCAUUUGAGGCCUUGGUUGUCCCACACCAAGAUAGGAUUUUUUCAAAUGCUAGGCUUCUUCACUCUGCUUACACAUAUAUCCCACAAAGUAGAGCUCCCCCAAUUGGUGCUCACUGCUCAGAUAGAAACUUCUAUUAUAAAAUGAUUGAAGAAUUACAUGAUCCCUGGGUUAAGAGGUUGUUUGUGGGAUUUGCACGUACAUCUGAUUACAAUGGUCCUAGAAAGCCAGAUGGUCCUCAUCAUUUAAUUCAAGAGAUAGAUUGUGAACUACCUGUUUCUCAGCCCGCUCUUCAAUUAACGCACAAUAUUUUUGGGUCUUCUCCACCUAUGCGGAAUUUCGACCCAGCAAAACUGCUCACUGACUCUGGAAAGCUCCAAACACUUGAUAUAUUAUUGAAACGGUUACGAGCAGAAAAUCAUCGUGUUCUCUUAUUUGCUCAGAUGACCAAGAUGCUGAAUAUUUUGGAGGACUACAUGAACUAUAGAAAAUAUAGGUAUUUUAGACUUGAUGGAUCAUCUACUAUUCAGGAUCGCAGAGACAUGGUCAGAGACUUUCAGCAUAGGAGUGAUAUUUUUGUGUUCUUACUGAGUACAAGAGCUGGUGGAUUGGGUAUCAACUUGACAGCUGCUGACACAGUCAUAUUUUAUGAGAGUGAUUGGAAUCCAACUUUGGAUCUACAGGCAAUGGAUAGAGCUCAUCGUCUGGGUCAGACAAAAGAUGUUACUGUAUACCGACUUAUAUGUAAAGAGACAGUUGAAGAGAAGAUUCUUCUUAGAGCUAGUCAGAAAAGUACUGUACAGAACCUUGUCAUGACUGGCGGUUCUGUUGGUGGUGAUCUUUUAGCUCCUGAGGAUGUUGUAUCUUUGCUUCUAGAUGAUGUUCAGUUGGAGCAGAAAUUAAAGGAAAUCCCUCUCCAGGUAAAGGAUAAACAAAAGAAAAAACAACCAAUGAGGGGUAUUCGGGUAAAUGAAGAAGGUGAUGCAUCGCUGGAAGAUCUAACAAACUCUGUAGCACAGGGUACUUCAGAUUAUGAUCUUUCCGUGGAUACAGAGGGAUCAAAGUCCAGUAAUAAAAAGAGAAAAGCCACCGCAGAUAAGCCAACUUCCAGGCCAAAGAAUUCUCAAAAAAUGAGUGAAUUUAGUACUAUGCCUACGGACAACGAAUUGGAUGAUAUUGAUCCAGUGGGUCAGAAACCGAAGAGACCGAAGAGGAUAAAGAAGAAUGUGAAUGAAAAGUUUGAAGAUGCUUUUACUGGGACAGCUACACUGGUACCAGAGCCGACCCAAUUUCCACCUACACGUGAUUUUAGUGCCGGAGGUUCUAAAGCAGAAUCAGGCCAAGACAACUGAAAGCAUAGUGACUUCUGACCAUGGCAUUUUACAAAAACUGGGGAGUCACUAUUUUAUCAGCCCUGUGGAUUGACAUUUUGUGGAGACUGCUAAAUUGGCUCUCUGGUUAAUCAACAGUUUCUAGUUCCCCAUUUCUUGGUUGUCGUCUGACUGCAAAAGUAGUAACGCUGAAGUUGAGUCAAGAAAGGUGAAGCUGUAUAUCCUAGGUUGUAUAUAGUCCUUAAUGUUAUAGAUCUACCUCUCUUCCACAGUUGUGGGGCUUUGUUGUUUGUACAGAUCGGCCCAUUCCUACUUGAGUUGAUUUUUUAUAUGCCACAAGCAAUAUUUAUAACAAAAUGAUAAUUAAUAUACGGCAGUCUUGCUUAAGUCCGCGGCAUGACAAUUAACAGUAACACCCUGUAAGCAAUAUGAGGAUGUGAGACAUCUUGUGACCAAGUUUAAGAAUAACUUGUUCAAUUCAUCUGGAUCAAGAGGUGGUGGAAUUCAUCCAAAUUAGAAGCCGGUGCCCUGUGCUUGAUAAAAAGCUAAGCUUGAAAAGGGAUAGAUUUCUGUCUUAUUAAGAGUGGUGUUCAAAUUCUGUAUUGUGCUAAUCUUCUUAUUGUAACACUAGGUCUGCAUCUUGAUAUAAACGGCAGAGGUGCUCCUUGAACUCCCAUCUCUUAAUCAAAUAUUGUUUUA